UAAGGUCGAGGUGCGCGCGCUCACCAACAACACCAUGUGCCAUUCGAAAUUGUUGUUUUCACUUGUUGGAAACAGGAGUUCGGGCUUGCGCUCCGUCCGUGACACUCAUAUUGGCAAAAAAAAUAGUUUAUUUCGCGUCCGCCGCGAGUUGGUUUCAAAAAUAUUAGUGCACGGGCGUUCGGGCGUUGCUCGAACACACCAAUACCAUGAGAGGCGGCCAAUCGACGACCAGCAGCCGCAAGUCCUGAGGAAGUUCGUAAUUUGUGCGCGAAACAUCUGGAUUUUGGCAGAGCGACGAUGGCAGAGUCAGGGAUCGACUUGGGCUAUGAUCUGCUCGCCCUCCUAACCGAGGACGAUAUAGAAAGUGCCAUCGACUUUGACGAUCUCUUGGGAACGCCGAAAAAUCAAGAAUAUUACCAAUUAACCUCAAAAACAAUGCCCGUCUCCGAGAGCACCCCAAAUUUAAAGACUGCAACACCUCAAACUCGAACAAACUUGAAACUCCAGUUGAUGCGAGACCAUGCGAUCCUCGAGCAGCAGCGCCAAGCGGCAGAAAAACAGAGACAACAGCAGGAGAGCCAAGCUCAGAAACCUCCUCUACCUCCUCCUGUUAAGGUACCUCUGCACAGCCUCGCUCUAGAUGUUCCUCCUCAAGUGCUCGAAGUCCAGACGAAGCUAGAGAACCCGACCAGGUACCAUGUGAUGCAGAAGCAGAAGAACCAGGUGAAACAGUACCUGAGCGAGUCCUUCCAGGGACCGUACCAUCCUGCUUUCAUGCCGGAUUACCACGAUAUGAUGCCAGGGAAGCAGAUCCAUAGUGCUCCAAAUACUGGGGCGCAGCCUUCUGGAGGGAUCCCCGGGAGUUUAAUGACCGGUAGUCAGUCAUAUAAUCCUCAAGUUUCACCCAAUUACGAAAUGGCGUCUAUGUCGCCUGCGUUGAGUUCCGGAGCUACUAGUGCUUCAGAAGCUGAAGAACUUCUAGAUGAUCUACUCUCAUUGGAAAAUAGUUCGUUAGCAUCAGAUAGUUUUAAGACAUCAGACAGCUCAUUGGCUAAUGAUAUUAAUAUUAAAAACGAACCCUAUUUACUAAGUGAAGCAGAACUGCAUGCCAUGGCCAAAGACAGACAAAAAAAAGACAACCACAAUAUGAUUGAACGUAGAAGAAGAUUUAAUAUAAAUGAUAGAAUUAAAGAAUUAGGAACUUUACUACCGAAAAAUACAGAUCCUUACUAUGAAAUUGUGAGGGACGUCCGGCCUAACAAGGGCACAAUAUUGAAAUCCUCAGUCGAAUAUAUCAAGUGUCUUAAAAGCGAAGUACACAGGCUUAAGCAGCAAGAAGCGAGACAAAAACAAACUGAACACAUCAAUAGACGACUACAAUUGAGGGUGCAGGAACUCGAGAGGCAAGCUAAAUCUCAUGGACUGCCAGUGUCAGAUUUUAACUGGCAAAGUCUCGUCAACACACCACCACAUUUUAAUUCUUAUAGUCCGAAUAUCGAGCCUAGUCUGGAUCCUAGUUUAGACCAUAAAAUCGACCAUGGUUUGGACCACAACCUCGAUCUGGACCAGAAUCAACCUCCAAUUAGUUCCAUUAUGCCUAUUUUCUCGGAUACAAGUCGAAAAAUGCCUGAUGUUAUAUCCGAUGCCAACUUAAGCCUGUCGGCCGCAAUGGAGGAAGGAAUGGACGACGAUGACCUUGUCUAUGGUGUCAAUGGAGAUCCGAUGCUUUCUUCGCCCAACGCGCUCAACACCGACUCCUUUCUAGUAAGAGGCGUCUCCCCAGUCCAUCGCACCACCGGAGAUCCUCUUCUUUCAGAGGAACGCAUACCAACCCCAACCCCCACCAGCCAUAUCGACCAAGUAGAUGGGGGAGAUACCUUGGAUAUAGAUAUGAUAGCAUGAUCUUUGUCCGAUUGGCUUUAGAUUUUAGCUUGUCAUAGAAACACAUUUUAAUGUUUUAGAUGCCUUGGUCUACAACAAUGUCACUACAAAACUAAGCGUAGUUUCUUUUUUCGAAAAGAAUAUAUGUAUUUAAAUUCAGGAAAAUAUUUGCCUAUGAGAUUAUGCACACUAUUUUGCUGUCAAUUAUUUACAUUUAAUUUAGGCAUAUUUCGUUUCAUUUACCAGUAGUAUUAUCUUUAGAAUAAGAGAAACGAUGUUUAUGUUUUUUUUUAAUUUCUUUCUUGAAUUUUGUAGGCCAAAUAAAAAUCUUGACGCCUUGGUAUAUACACCAAAAUACUGUCAAAAGCUAGUACGGAUACUUUUGUAGAAAGUCUGCUUUUUCUGAUUAAACUUAACGUUUUAGUUUUGUAUUAAUUAACGCAAAUUACUUCAGUGCAAUCUAGUUGCGCUUGCGAUAUUUUAAUUGUAAAAUUAUUCUUCUUUGUUUGAGCUGGCAAUAAUAAAAAAUAAUAAUGCAAUCGAAGAUAGAAAUCUAGACAGAUCUCAUACUUUUCGUAUAGUAGUUUUAUCGUCUAUAUCUUCUAUCCUGUGCAUGAUAUAUACCUCCGACAUAGAAUUUUAAUAAAAUAAAUUAGUAUUAAACUGAGUGUUGCCAGCUCUUCAUUGUUAUGUACCUUUGUAUAUUUUGUCACUAUUUGUGUGCAUUAUGAUUUUAAAUUUUAGACCAAGUAGUUGUUAAAAAAAAAGUCAAAUAAAUAUGCCACUGGUGACGAUUUUUGUAUUAAUAUCAAUCAGAUCAGUCUCCUCUAAAGAGGUCUUGAAGUUUAAUGGAAGAGCAAACUAAAAAUAUAUUUUCUAUAUUACGUAAACCGGAAAUUUGUGAUCAACUUGUUUAACAAAUAAGAUAUUAUAUCAUCAUUGUUAUUUGUGUUAUAACGAUAAUAGUUUAUUAAAACUAAGGUUUAAUAUAAUUGUUCAAAUAAAACAAACUAAAAAAUAAA